AUGGAGCACGCGCGUCCUCCUACGGAAUUAGCUUUAGAAGGCGGCCCGGCGAAUCGUGCUGAUUCAUGGCGCAAAUGGUUAAAGCAGUUUAAAGUGUUUUUAAAGGCAUCUGGUGUAUACAAGGAACCUUCGGAUGUACAAGCGAGUUUAUUAAUAAAUCUUAUCGGGUCCGAGGGAUACGACGUGUACACAACGUUCAAGUUUGAUAAAGAGGAGGAUCGCGACGACAUUGAUAAGUUGAUUGAAAAGUUUGAUCAGCAUUUUGGCACAAAAACAAAUGUUAUUAUGCUGCGAUUUAAGUUUUUCACACGCAGUCAAGAGCCGGGUGAAGGCAUCGAUGAAUAUGUAACCGCUUUGAGAAUCAUUAGUCAACAGUGCGAGUUUGAUAAACUCGAAGAUGGCUUGCUACGCGAUCGCAUCGUGUGCGGGAUUAAGGAUAGCGUAGUACGGGAUAGACUCUUGCGCACAGACGGGUUGACAUUAGAAAAAGCUAUACGAAUAUGUCAGUCUGGUGAAAUAACGAGUGAAGAGAACCGGGAGAUCGAAGGCGUCAAGAAGGAGUCAGAGGACAGUGACGACCUGUAUUAUUUGGACACUAUCAAAAACGUCGACCACAUUGAGGACUCUGAGUGUGGCCUAGGUAAACUUCCAGGUCAGUAUAAGAUACCUAUUGAAAGCGACGCGUGUCCAUGCAUUUGUCCUGUACGCAAAAUACCGUUAGGUGUCAGGGAUCAGCUGUUGACCGAGUUGACUCGCAUGGAGAGUUUAGGUGUCAUACGUAAAGUUACGCACCCCACCUCGUGGGUAAAUGCUAUAGUUAUGGUUGCUAAAAAAGAUGGGAGUUUUCGAGUGUGCCUCGAUCCACGACCAUUGAACCGCGUUAUACGUCGUCAGCACUACCCGUUGCCUACGGUAACAGAGAUAGCGACAAAGUUAAAGGGAGCGCGUUAUUUCAGUAAGUUAGAUGCCAGGUCCGGGUUCUGGAUGAUCCAGUUAGACGAUGACAGUGCCGAUCUGUGCACAUUUGGCACGCCAUAUGGUAGGUAUCAAUUUUUACGCUUACCAUAUGGAAUUAAUUCGGCUUCUGAGGUGUUUCACAGUAAAAUAAGACAGCUGCUGGAGGACCUCGAAGGUGUCGAUUCGUUCGUCGAUGACGUUAUCGUCUGGGGAGCCACGGAGGAAGAGCAUGACAGUCGGUUACGAAGUUUGCUUGAAAGAGCGAGACAAGUAGGUAUAAAAUUUAAUAAGGAAAAGUGUGAAUUUUGUGUGAGUGAGGUAACAUAUUUAGGUCAUACUUUUAAUUCGGAAGGGGUUAAAAUCGAUGACAAAAAAUUAAAGGCUAUUAAAGAAAUGCCGAGCCCUAGUGACAGGCACUCUCUAGAAAGGUUUCUAGGUAUGAUCAAUUAUGUUGCCAAGUUCAUUCCAUGUUAUUCGGAACAAGUAGCUCCACUUAGAAACCUCCUUAAAAAAGACAGUGAGUGGUGCUGGGGCGAGUGCGAGGAGCACGUGGUGCGCGCGUUGAAGCAGGCGCUGUGUGAGGCGCCGGUGCUGGCGCUGUUCGCGCCGGAUCGUCCCUGCGUGCUUUCCGUAGAUGCGAGUAGCCAGGCCCUAGGAGCUGUUGUCCUGCAACAGGAGCGUCCGGUUGAGUUUGCUUCUGCCACGCUCACCGACACGCAGCAACGCUACGCGCAGAUCGAGAAGGAGAUGUUGGCGAUUGUUUUUGCUCUCGAGAGGUUCCAUCAGUAUGUAUACGGGAAAUCAGACGUGGUAGUUGAAACGGACCACAAACCCUUGGAAGCGCUGUUUAAGAAAUCCCUGGACGCUGUACCGGCUCGGUUGCAGCGUAUGAUGUUGCGUGUUCAGAGGUAUGAUUUUUCUGUUGUAUACAAACCCGGAAAGUACAUGUUCAUCGCGGAUACGUUGUCACGUGCGGCCCUUCCAGACUUAAUGAGCGAUAAGAUCUCACAGGAAGUUGACGAUCAAACCUGUUUCCUGUUGCGGUCGGUGCGCAUAAGUGAUAACAAGAUGGAUACAAUAAGACAAGUCACUUGCAAGGACAAGGUAUGUCAAGUUUUAAUAAAUUACAUCAAAAACGGGUGGCCAACCUCAAAACACGAGUCUGAUGAAUGUGUGCGAGCAUUAUGGGACGGCAGGGAAUGCUUUGAAUACACAGACGGCGUCUUAUUCAAGAAUAAUCUGGUGUAUAUUCCGACCGGUCUCCGAACAGAGAUGGUAUCGCGGGUGCACGAAGGCCACCUCGGCAUAGACCGGUGCAAGCGGCGCGCCAGGGAGGUAAUGUGGUGGCCGGGCAUGUCGCGUGACGUCGAGCGCGCCGUGCGCCGCUGCCGCACCUGCGCGCAGCACGCGCCCGCGCCGCAGCGGGAGCCGAUGGUGCCGCACCUCAUACCGGGCAUACCAUGGGCCAAAGUUGGUUCGGAUAUUUUUGAGUACAAGAGUAAAAACUACUUGCUCUUAGUCGACUACUUUUCAAACUUUGUCGAGGUAUGUCCCUUAAGAUCUAUAAACUCAGCCGCUGUAGUGCUAGCACUAAAGGAUCAAUUUGCCCGACACGGAAUUCCAGUGGAGCUCAUUUCAGAUAACGGCCCAGCCUAUGCGUCGAGGGAAUUCAAGAAAUUUGCAGAAGUCUGGGACUUUAGGCACUCCACGUCAUCUCCCAACUACGCUCAAUCAAACGGUCGCAGCGAACGAGCGGUAAGGACAAUGAAAAUGAUUUUAAAAAAAUCAUUGGACACGGGUUCAGACUUUUAUUUAGGUUUAUUGAAUUUUAGAGCCACUCCGCGGGAUGGCAUCGCUAGUCCUGCACAACUGCUAAUGGGCAGGAGAUUAAAUACGCGAUUACCAAUUCAUGAGGAUAAAUUAGUACCGGAUAGGGACAACACGGUCGAUUAUGAUAACAUAGUGCGUAAUCAGGCGCGGAGUAAACAAUGGCACGACAAGCGGGCGCGAGCGCUGCCGGAGCUGCAGCCGGGUGAUGACGUCAUCGCACUAGACGGCAGUGGCGGCCGGAGGCGCGCGGCGCGGGUCACGGGGCGGGCGUCACAGCCGCGAUCGUACUUCGUAACGGAUGCCUCAGGCAAGCGUCACCGAAAAAAUAGGCGGCAUCUGAUUAAGCUGGAAUCCGAGAUUGCAUCUCACGCAUCAUCUCAUCACGAGAUAUUGGACGGUGAAGAUGCAGGGUGUUCAAGCGAUGACAGGGUUUACGACGACGUAGGAGAGUCACUCGAUACGGCCCCCGACACCGCGGUUCAGGAUACGCGUUCUCAGACCGGUCAGCCUGUUGUCUCAGGGCGUAAUGAAAAUAGCUAUCAACGCUUGCCGAGGGCUGCUGCUAUAGAGGCCAGAAAAAAGUUAAAGCAAUAA